UUCUCAUCUCCCCUCCCCUGUACAGUGUCUGAGCCCCUCCUACCUGCCCCUGCGAUGUAUGGCUGGAGGCUGUGGCCGCCUGCUGCGAGGACCCGAGAGCUGCUCCCUGGGCUGUGCUCAGGCUUCCCAGUGUGCCCUGUGCCUGUGGCGCCCCCACUGUGGCUGGUGUGCCUGGGGGGGCCAGGAUGGGGGUGGCCGCUGCCUGGAGGGUGGACUCAGCGGUCCCCGGGACGGGCUGACGUGCGGGCGGCCUGGGGCCUCCUGGGCCUUCCUGUCCUGCCCCCCUGAGGACGAGUGUGCAAACGGGCACCACGACUGCAACGAGACGCAGAACUGCCACGACCGGCCGCACGGUUACGAGUGCAGCUGCAAGGCGGGCUACACCAUGGACAAUGUGACCGGGCUGUGCCGCCCCGUGUGCGCCCAGGGCUGCGUGAACGGCUCGUGUGUGGAACCCGACCACUGCCGCUGCCACUUCGGCUUCGUGGGCCGCAACUGCUCCACCGAGUGUCGCUGCAACCGCCACAGCGAGUGUGCGGGCGUGGGGGCCCGCGACCACUGCUUGCUAUGCCGUAACCACACCAAGGGCAGCCACUGUGAGCAGUGCCUCCCCCUGUUCGUGGGUUCAGCUGUGGGGGGCGGGACCUGCCGGCCGUGCCACGCCUUCUGUCGUGGCAACAGCCACGUCUGCGUCUCCAGGAAGGAGCUCGAAAUGGCCAGGAAGGAGCCCGAGAAGUACUCACUGGAUCCGGAGGAGAUUGACAACUGGGUGACCGAGGGGCCCAGUGAAGAUGAGGCCGUGUGUGUGAACUGCCAGAAUAACAGCUAUGGGGACAAAUGCGAGAGCUGUCUGCACGGCUACUUCCUCCUGGACGGGAAGUGCACCAAAUGCCAGUGUAAUGGCCAUGCAGAUACAUGUAACGAGCAGGACGGGACGGGCUGCCCGUGUCAGAACAAUACGGAGACGGGCACGUGCCAGGGCAGCUCCCCUAGUGACCGUCGGGACUGCUACAGGUACCAGUGCGCCAAGUGCCGGGAGUCAUUCCACGGGAGCCCGCUGGGUGGCCAGCAGUGCUACCGCCUCAUCUCCGUGGAGCAGGAAUGCUGCCUCGACCCCACGUCCCAGACCAACUGCUUCCACGAACCCAAGCGCCGGGCUCUGGGCCCUGGCCGCACGGUCCUCUUCGGCGUACAGCCCAAGUUUACCAAUGUGGACAUCCGCCUGACGCUGGAUGUGACCUUCGGUGCCGUGGACCUCUAUGUCUCCACCUCCUACGACACGUUUGUGGUCCGCGUGGCCCCCGACACAGGCGUCCACACUGUGCAUAUCCAGCCCCCUCCACCCCCGCCGCCUCCCCCACCCCCUGCUGACGGCGGACUCCGGGGGGCCGGGGACCCAGGGGGACCGGGGUCCGGGAGUGGGCCAGGCACCCCAGCCGAGCCACGGGUGCGGGAAGUGUGGCCACGCGGCCUGAUCACCUACGUGACGGUGACGGAGCCGUCGGCAGUGCUCGUGGUUCGUGGCGUGCGGGACCGGCUGGUCAUCACCUACCCGCACGAGCACCAUGCUCUCAAGUCCAGCCGCUUCUACCUGCUCCUGCUGGGCGUGGGGGACCCGAGCGGGCCCGGCGCCAACGGCUCGGCCGACUCGCAGGGCCUGCUCUUCUUCCGGCAGGACCAGGCCCACAUCGACCUGUUUGUCUUCUUCUCCGUCUUCUUCUCCUGCUUCUUUCUCUUCCUCUCGCUCUGUGUGCUCCUCUGGAAGGCCAAACAGGCCCUGGACCAGCGGCAGGAGCAGCGGCGGCACCUGCAGGAGAUGACCAAGAUGGCCAGCCGCCCUUUUGCCAAGGUCACUGUCUGCUUCCCGCCCGACCCCGCUGCCCCGGCCCCUGCCUGGAAGCCGGCCGGGCUCCCGCCGCCCACCUUCCGCCGUUCCGAACCCUUCCUGGCACCCCUGCUGCUGACCGGGGCCGGCGGGCCCUGGGGACCCGUGGGAGGAGGCUGCUGCCCGCCAGCCAUCCCCACCACGACUGCCGGCCUGCGAGCCGGGCCUAUCACCCUCGAGCCCACCGAAGAUGGUAUGGCUGGGGUGGCCACGCUGCUGCUCCAGCUGCCUGGGGGACCCCAAGCGCCCAACGGUGCCUGCCUGGGCUCGGCACUUGUCACGCUGAGACACAGACUGCACGAGUACUGUGGGGGCGGCGGGGGCGCCGGGGGCAGUGGGCACGGGGCUGGCGCAGGCCGGAAGGGACUGUUGAGCCAGGACAAUCUCACCAGCAUGUCCCUCUGACCCACGGUGGGCUCCUCAGCCACGGCAGCGCAGUGCCCUGAUGACGCCGCCCUGGACUCGGGGCUCCUCUGCCUGGGGGCCCCCCGGACAGUGUGUCCUCAGAGACCUCCGACUCCCUUUCCCUGGGCCUCCCCAGCCAGGGCACUCGCCGUUCUGCAGCCAACAAUUAUUUAUUGAAUACUUACUCUACGCUGUUGAAGGCACUGGGCAGAGCAGAAAGCGAGACAGACCAGUUCCCUGAUCUUGUGGGGCUUCGGUUCCAGUGGAGAGAGACAAUCAGUGCGUGCACGUGUGCGCACGCACACACACACACACACACACACGUGAGAUCAUUUCUGUGAAGGAGAGGCCAGGAGGGAUCACAGGAUGUGGCCAUGAGGGACCGCGGGGUAGGGUAAGUUGGGCACUCGGAGAAGCUGGGCCUAAAGAUUGAGAGAACCGGCUGCGGGGAGAACGCUGGGAAGUGGGUCGCAGGUGGAGGGAGCUGCAAGGACAAGUCCCAGAGGUGGGGACCAGCGUGCUUUAUUGGAGGGAUCGGAGAGGUGGCCAGUGUGACCCAGACCGAGUGCAAAGAGGAGGUGAGGUUGGGGACCAGGCAGGGGUGGCAUCACCCAGGGACGUGCAGGCCCCAGAUAGGGUUUUGAGUUUUAUUCUCAGGGCAAUGGGAAGCCGUGGGACAGUUGUAUGAGGGUGAAUGACAGGAUCCGACGUACCUAUUCAAGAGGUCCCUCAGCUGUGGUGUGGAGAAUGGGUCGGAGGGGACAAGAGAUGACAGUGGGCUGGACUAGGGUGGUGGUGGGGAGGGGGUGGGUCAGGGACAGGUGCAGGAUGUGUGUGGAUGUUGGGGUGGGAGAGGGGAAUCCAGGACGACCUCGACUUUGUAGCUCAAACUAUGGGCGGACGGCGGGGUCGUCUAUUACAGUGGGGCAGCCUGGGGCUUGUGGAGACGAUCAGAAGUCCAGUCUGAGAUGCCCUGUAGGCAUCUCUUCAAUCAGGCCCAGCCAGGGAGACAGACCGCUCUGCGUAUUUCAGUGGAAGGAACCAAGUGCAGGGGAUUGGCUGUUCUGGUCUACGCAUCAGAGGUGGGACGGUGAGGUAGCAGCCACCACCUUGGACUUCUGAGCUCCUGUCCCCCUUGAGGACAGCUCCCAUCCUAGCCAUCUUGAACUUGGGACUCCUUUUUGCAAGACUCCAUCCCCCAGCUGCGGGUUUGGACCUCGAGGAGCUGAGCCCCGCCUCUUCUCUGCUGGGGCCCUCAGUCUAUGAGGCUGAAAGAGGGACAGUGCUUGAAGCAGCAAAUAAAGAGUGUGGGGGAAGGCCGGUGUCUGAGCGCCGUGUGCAUGCAGGAGAUGGGGUGUCUUGUUUCUCGGAACAGCACCCGAGUGUAGAGAAAUCUAACCGGUGUGCUUACCUUGGUGGCCCGUCAGAGCUGCGUGGCUGGGCCUGGCUCCACCCUGCCUCUCCUAUGCAGGGGUGGGAUGGUGCUGCUUGUUUGUCCCUAGAAAGGACGGACCUAGGGGAGGUGGGGGCGCAGAGACCUCUGGCCCUUCCUCAGAUCCCUGUCUCAGGGAGACCCGUUUGUCUCAGGAGGUAAAACAGACUCCCUUGGUCCCAGGCUUGGGUUUUAUUCUGGCCUCAGAAGAGUUGAGGCAGCAGAGAGACCAAGAUGCCCCAACAUGAUGAGUUUCCUCGAAUCCGAGAAGGCUCUCACGGCCCAAACGGGGAGCAUCUCGGGGGCCUUCACCUGCCAGGCCCGCAGGGCAAGCAAGAGCAUGGCCCAGGCGGUGGAAAUGCGCCCUCAGUUGGCCUUGCGCAGCGUGGGAGUCCAGGUGAGAGGUAAGCACCAUGCCUUCUGGUUCAGGCAGCCCAGGGGCAAGGCUGGUGGCUUCAUCCAGUGGUUAGCCAAAGUGAGGUGCACUGGGGGGGGGGUUGCAUCUGCAGUGCAGUCCACGAAAAUCAGUAUUUUCAGAUUUAUGGGCAACGUCCAGGAUUUUCAGGGAUGACUCUGCCCACACAGGAGUUCUGCCUUGAUGAGCUGUUGGUAGUACCUGCCCUCCACGACGUGACCGUGAACUUGUAUGUGCUGAGCACCCGUGUUAGAUGGCUCUCCUGGCCAUGUUCCUGCCCAGCAAUCGUAUGAGGGGGUAACUAAUCCCGGUGUGCAGAUGAGAAGACCGAAGUUCAUAGACCUCAUUCAGCUGUUCAGGGACAGCUGCCCCAUGACUCAAAUCCACAUGCCUGACCACCAGGCCCUCUCACCCCCUGAGGAGGGAGGCCCCGGGAAUAAGGGAAUAAGGAGGAGACGAGGCCACAGAGAGCAAAAGGGGCAUCGUGCACAUUCUUCCUUAGCCCACCUAGCUGAGCGCUGUCCCAGCACAGAGCGGGCGCUAGGGGCAGGUGUUUGAAAUACCCAGUUUCUGCCAGGGGUCAGGCACAAUUUCCCACCCAGGAAGCUCACCAGAAGCAGGGCGUGCUGCCUCGGGGAGUCCCAGGCCAGUCUCCAGUCCCAGUGGAGCGGUCAUCCUGCACCACCAGGAAGGAGCUAAGGUGGUUCUUCAAGACUCGUCUGCGUUCUGAUCAGACCUUUGGUAAGGUCUCUUUCCCGCCACCAGCCUGUGACUGCCUUCCGGGGCAGAGCAUUUGCACUGUGACUGGACCCUGUCCCUGGGACGCAGAGCCGCCCUCUCCAGCUGCUGUCCAUAGCGUGCGGAUGCUCCUGUACGAAUGCCCUAUAGCACUGUCCCUCCACUUAGCCCCUCAGCGGGCACCUUGCUCUGCUAUCCACAUACCUGAAUGCAAGAGGCUCCAGGAGCGUGAGAGAAAGCCUGAGCAUGGGAGCCUGAAGGUCUGGAUUCAGGGGUCUGUGUAUGGCCAUCAAUGCCCUAAGGAUUUCGGGAAAAGGGGUGGGGGGGAUUUCACCAAGGGCCUACAGCAUUCCAGGUAGUGAGUGCUGGGUGCUUGGUGUGUCUUUUACUCUUCCCCCACAUCAAUGCUGAGAGGUACAGGUUUGUGCCCCCAUUUUGCAGAUUUGGAAACUAAGCCCCUUGCCUAAGGACUCAGGGCAGAUUAACAGCCCAGAUUCUGAUGCAAGCCUGUCUGUCCAUUGCCCCCUCCCCCAAUUACCUCUAAAAUCAUGUCCCUUUUCUGCGUCCAUGGCUCCCACCUGUGAUCACUCCUCUCCACCUGCAAUGGGCUCCACACUGUUCUAGGUGCUGGGAACACAGCUGUGAAUGAGGUCCCCGCCCUCAUGGAGCUGACACACCAGCGGGGAGCCAGAUAAUAAAUAAGCAAAUGAU